CAGGCUCUGCACCCGGGGAUUAUUUCACAAUGCUGCUGCCGCUGCCCGGGAGCUGAGCGCCGGGGCGGGGGGCAGCGGCGCGAGCCUCUUCUGCCUGCGCACCAGCCUCCCCUGCGCGUGCAACUCCCGGCAAACUUUCCCAGCCGGGCCCCUGGUCCCCGCGGCCGGCAGAACGCUCCUGUGAGAUUGGGAAGUACGGCCCCUAUUGAACAGAUGGAGAAACGGAGGCACAGGGAGGCGAAGUGACGUUCCCAAGAUGUCAGAGUUGACCCUGUUGGUCGUCCAUGGGAGCACUGUGAGACCUGAGCAAGAAGGUGGUUGCGAAGGAGUCUGAAAGCGCCCAGAUUAAAUUUUCUCAUUGGUGAUCACAGCUAUCUGACUGGUUGGAAGCUGGACUCUGGUUGCAGAAACCUGAUUUUCAGGAGAGGAACCCUCGAGAGCAGCGCUCAAAACAAAAAGAAAAUGAGCGCGGGAGCUGGUGUAUUCAUCGCAUAGCUCUGCACAAAGGAGCAGAACCUAAGGAGGCAUGGCAGAGUAUCAACAGCGCAGAGGUGAUGAGAGAGACUGAUGCUUAUCCAAGUCUCUUCCAGCUUGUUUUCAACUAUGGCUGUUGAUUCUGCAUAUUCAUUGGAUGGUAAUACAGGAUGUCAGGAGCAGCAGUAAGAGGUCGACUUGAUCCCAUUGUGUUUUUGUCGCCAUGACAACACCACACUACUAGCAACAGCCAGUUAACCAGCGAUCAAGGGAGGAGUUCGAUGAUUGAUUCUAAUUGGACCAAAAGUUGCAUUUGCAACAAAAAGGCUGGAGGAGGCAGCCAUCCUCACGACAAGAAGAUGAAAUUUCCAUUCUAUUGGCCCCUUAUUAAGCAGGCACAAUAACAUUUUCUUUCAGAGACUUGCUAAUAAAAACUGUUUUGGUUAUGGCUACUGAUCCAACGUGAUUGGGCGCGCACCGACUCUCAGACUCAUGACUGGGUAUACCAUGUUGCGGAAUGGGGGAGUGGGGAAUGGCGGCCAACCCUGGGUGUUACGAUGGUCCAGUCGGAUCCGGCUUACCUGGCUUAGCUUUACCCUGUUCAUCAUCCUCGUCUUCUUCCCCCUCAUCGCCCACUACUACUUGACCACCAUUGACGAUGCGGAUGAUGCCGGCAAGCGCAUCUUCGGCCCCCGCACCGGAAAUGAGCUGUGUGAGGUGAAGCAUGUCCAGGACCUGUGCCGCAUCCGUGAGUCAGUCAGCGAGGAGCUGCUCCAGCUGGAGGCCAAGCGACAGGAGCUCAACAGCGAGAUCGCCAAGUUGAACCUGAAAAUCGAAGCCUGCAAGAAGAGCAUAGAAAACGCCAAGCAGGAUCUCCUGCAGCUGAAGAAUGUCAUCAGCCAGACUGAGCAUUCCUACAAAGAACUGAUGGCUCAGAACCAGCCAAAGCUCUCCUUGCCAAUCCGGCUGCUGCCAGACAAAGAUGAAGCUAACUUGCCUUUGCCAAAAUCCAACAGGAACUGCAGGCUACACAACUGCUUUGACUACUCACGCUGCCCAUUGACGUCUGGCUUCCCAGUGUAUGUCUACAACAGUGAUCAGUACCCUUUUGGUAACUCUUUAGACCCUUUAAUUAAGCAAGCCUUUGAGGCAACUGUCAGAACUAAUGUUUAUGUUACUGAAAAUGCAAACAUUGCUUGUGUGUAUAUAAUUUUAGUGGGGGAAAUGCAAGAGCCCAUAAUGCCAAAACCUACUGAACUAGAGCAACAGUUGCACUCUUUGCCAUAUUGGAGGACUGAUGGGCACAACCAUCUCAUCAUUAAUUUAUCAAGGAAAUCGGAAACUCAGAACUUUAUCUAUAACAUCAGCACAGGGCGUGCCAUGAUUGCCCAAUCCACCUUUUAUGAUGUACAGUAUCGGCCAGGUUUUGAUAUGGUGGUAUCGCCUCUAGUCCAUGCAAUGUCCGAACCCAACUUCCUAGAGAUCCCACCCCAGGUGCCAGUAAAGCGAAAGUACCUAUUCAGUUUCCAGGGAGAGAAAAUAGAGUCUCUUCGAUCCAGCUUGCAAGAGGUUCGUUCGUUUGAAGAGGAAAUCGAAGGCAAUGCCCCAGCUGACUAUGAUGAUCGAAUCAUUACCACCUUGAAGGCUGUCCAAGACAGUAAGUUGGACUUUGUCUUGGUGGAAUUCACUUGUAAGAACCAGCCUAAGGCAAGUCUGCCCACUGAGUGGGCUCUUUGUGGAGAAAGGGAUGACAGAUUAGACCUACUGAAGCUAUCUACUUUUGCACUGAUAAUCACACCAGGGGACACCCAUCUAUUGAUCUCUGCUGGGUGUACCAUGAGACUCUUUGAGGCUCUGGAAGUUGGAGCCAUCCCAGUGAUUCUUGGAGAGCAAGUUCAGCUGCCCUAUCAUGAUGUGAUCCGGUGGAACGAGGCAGCCUUAAUCAUACCAAAGCCACGUAUCACAGAAGUGCACUUUCUUCUGAGAAGCAUUUCUGACAACGAUCUCCUUACCAUGAGGAGGCAGGGCCGCUUCUUGUGGGAGACCUACUUCUCCACCUCUGACAACGUGUUCAGCACAGUCUUAGCCAUCAUAAGGACUCGAAUUCAAAUCCCGGCUGCUCCUAUUCGAGAAGAAACUGCAGUGGAGAUUCCUCACCGCUCUGGCAAAGCUGCUGGUACUGACCCCAACAUGGCAGACAAUGGUGACUUAGACCUGGGGCCUGUGGAAACAGAACCACCUUACGCAUCUCCCAAAUACCUUCGCAAUUUUACUCUCACAGCAAUGGAUAUCUACAGGAAUUGGAAUUCGGCUCCAGGGCCUUUCCACCUCUUUCCACACACACCCUUUGAUCCCGUUUUACCUUCAGAAGCUAAGUUCCUUGGGUCUGGGACUGGAUUUCGACCAAUUGGAGGAGGAGCAGGUGGUUCUGGGAAAGAGUUCCAAGCUGCCUUGGGUGGCAAUGUCCCAAGGGAGCAGUUCACAGUAGUAAUGUUAACCUAUGAGCGGGAGGAAGUGUUAAUGAACUCCCUAGAGAGACUCAAUGGACUCCCUUACUUAAAUAAAGUUGUAGUAGUGUGGAACUCCCCCAAACUUCCGUCCGAAGACCUCUUGUGGCCAGAUAUUGGUGUCCCAAUCAUGGUUGUCCGCACAGAAAAGAACAGUCUGAACAACAGGUUCCUGCCAUGGGAUGAGAUCGAGACAGAGGCCGUUCUGUCUAUCGACGACGAUGCCCACCUUCGCCAUGACGAGAUCAUGUUUGGGUUCCGAGUCUGGAGAGAGGCAAGGGACCGCAUUGUUGGAUUCCCUGGGCGAUACCAUGCGUGGGACAUCCCCCAUCAAUCCUGGCUCUAUAACUCGAACUACUCUUGUGAACUGUCCAUGGUGCUGACUGGUGCUGCCUUCUUUCAUAAGUACUACGCCUACCUGUAUUCUUACGUGAUGCCACAAGCCAUCCGUGACAUGGUAGAUGAAUACAUCAACUGUGAGGAUAUUGCCAUGAACUUUCUAGUCUCUCACAUCACAAGGAAACCACCCAUCAAGGUGACCUCGCGCUGGACCUUCCGCUGCCCUGGCUGCCCUCAGGCCCUUUCGCAUGACGACUCGCACUUCCACGAGCGGCACAAGUGCAUCAACUUCUUCGUUAAGGUGUAUGGGUACAUGCCCCUCCUGUACACCCAAUUUCGUGUGGAUUCUGUCCUCUUCAAGACCCGCCUGCCCCAUGACAAGACUAAAUGCUUCAAAUUCAUUUAGGAGGGGGUUACUGAGGGGUCCCUUCAGCACUCUGGACCUGGGCGAGAGGCUGAGGGGUGGCAAUCUUUGCCAGGUUCCGAGCGAGAAACGCCUCCAGUAUGGGCAGCGAUGCAAAGCAAAAGGAAAAUCAUGGAUUCUAAUCAAUGAUUUUUACCCACCCACCCCAGGGUAACUGCACCGAGUGAAAUGGAACCGGGCCAUAUGACCUGUGUGAAGACACUUGCUAGGAUCAUACACUGAGGAAAUGGAGACUUUGGUUAGUAGCUCAGCUAGUCCGUUAGCCAAGGGCCACCAUUUUUUAAAUUCUUGUUAUUUAAAAUGAAAGUGUUUUAGAUUUUCCGCGUGAGGCUUUUUUUUUUUUUUUAUAGACUGCCAGUCUAUCCUGGUGGGGGGCUGUGUAGGAGAGAACAUGCUGUGGACGGGCCUGGCUCGGGAAAGGCAAUUCCCAGUCCCCAAGCUGCGCCUGUGUCUGUCGAUUGUCCUCUGUGCUAACUCAUUUCGGGGCGGGGGUACAGUCACUCUUGCUUUCCCCUCCCUGUUUUGAUCGGCCCAAGUUAUAACGAUCCGGUCCACGCAGCUGCCCGUGCUCCUCGGGUGUGAUGCCACUGGUUUAUCUUCCUCUCUGGCUACUGAGGCCUUUCAGGUGUCACAUUGGUGAGCUCCCCUCCCCCGUCAGACCCCCACCACCCUCCCCACCCACCGCCUUCACAUCACAGCCCAGAGAGGGAAGAGCGGGGAGGGGGGUUCCAGAGGUUCCCUCCCCAACUGCCUUUCCCACCUCCUAGCACCAGAUUGACAAGGGGGCAUCAUUCACCUGCCCUCCAGAUGGCUUCAGCUGCUACACUCUGUCCAGGGGUUUGGUUAUCACUGCACACACUCAAUCUACACUUGACGUUCCGAGCCCAGUUCCUCUCCGCCCUGGUCUCACUCAUUUCCCUUCCUGCUCCUCACUGCUCGAACACUAUUAACCUUCACCCACUCCGACAGCCUGGGAUCCUAUUUGGGGAUCUUAAACAUUGCUCCUGUGGUGACAAUAACCAGGGUGGGUGUGUCCUGGGGCGAUCCUGGGGCCCUGUGGUUUUCUGUAACCUGCUUAGUCGUAAAGGGAGCUUGGUUUAAAUUCUCUCUAUUUUGGCCUUUUAGCAAGGACAUCAGGAAUGUUCCCCAUCCUCUAGGGGCCUCAUUUGUUGGAGCUGGAGAUCUGUGCCAACAAUGGCACGAGAUUCGCUCCAGAGGGUCCGUGGCGUCAUCGUUAACUGAGUAAAAAAGGCAGGUACUGCUCAUUCAAAAAACUGGGGGGAUGGUCACACGCACAAGCCAGGCGGGAGCAGCUUCUUCCCCAGGGUAGUUAAUGGGAGAGCUGGCCACUGCUUUGCUAGUAGGUGCAUGGAGAGGCAGGUGGUGUUACAGGGUACGUCUACACUGGAAUGAAAGGCCUGCAGCAUGGCCAUGGCUGGCCCAGGUCAACUGACUGGGGCUUGUGGGGUUCAGGCUGCAGGCUAAACAUUGCUGUGUAGAUGUUUGGGCUCAGAUGGGAGUCCAGGUUCUGGGAUCCUCCCCUCUUGUGGGGUCCCAGAACGUGGGCUCCAGCCCAAGCCCCAACGUCUGCAGAGCAAUUUUAGAGCCCCGCGGACAGAGCCAGCUGGCCCAGGCUGGCUGUGGGUGUUCAAUUGCUGUGUAGACCCAGUCAUAGAGGCUGGAUUCGGUGAGAGGCACCGGGGGUGGUGAGCAGGGCUUCCCACGGCCCUGCCCCUCAGAACUGCGGGCUCAGAUUCAGUAGGACUUACUGCGCUGCUCCUUUUGGGAAUGUGGCAAAUGCAGCUCUGGUCUUCCUGGGGCAGCAGGGAGAGAAUAAGCCCUCUCUGAGCGUUACACAGCUUUAAACUGCCAGGAGGCCCUAAAGCGAAGUACCAGCAGGACUGGCUGCUUUACAAGACCACAUCUGCCAUGAUGUGCUCACUUGCCUACACCCCCCACGGCAGUCAGAUAAGACUGUCAUGGGCUUCAGUGUUCCUGCCUUCAAAUCUCCCCUCCUACACACAUGCACACAUGCCACUGCCACAGCAGGGCUGUUCCUCCUCCCUGGCUGCCUUUGGAGGGGAUCGCACUGGGCUUUAAAACAAACUUCUCCUCCUGCAGAAUUUGGGAGGGUCUCUUGAACCUCACUGUUUUGUCCGCUCUGAGCCGGCUCAUCCUUCCUCUGAAGCAAACUCCGUGGUGCGCUGUGAUCCCGCCCUGGCGUCGGCACCCUUCUUGCUGCUGCGGUUUUUGCUCCCUUGCCCUCGGCAGUGCGCUCGUUCAUUUCCCAUCAUGCAAGAAAGGACUCCAUAAUUCUCCUUUUCAGAACGACCGACUGGGCCACUUAAAUUGUUCUACUUGUUUUUUAACGGCAGCCCUCAGAAGGUAAAGUAGCCCCGUCCCAGGAGCGCUCUCAGUAUGUAUUAAUUGUCCCCAGCUGCCAUCUAAAAUCAUUGUUAAUAUUACCCUGUCAUCUCCCUGACACUGAUUCUUGCCAAUGCUGGAUCCAGAUCUAAAGUGCCACCCCAACUACCAGAAUCACUCAGUCAUGUGGAGCCAAACAGAGGAGUUUCCUGUUCCACUGCUGUGUUUCUAUAGGUCCUUUGGGCAGGCCUGAAAGCCGCCAGCACCAGCCAUGCCAAGACCUCCUUCCCCUUCCUUUCUGGGGGCAUUCCUUCUGACUGCUGGUACUGGGAAACACCCCUGCACAUCCUGGUGCUCUUUAGAGGAGUUGUGCCUGCAGAACUGUGUAUGAGAGUCAUGCCACUGACCGUCAGCAAAACAGUGUCACUGCUCUCCACAAAUACACCCAACAAAGCAUCAGAGACCAAGAUACCUUCCUCUUACUGUUAGUAACCAGAGCGGGUUGUUUAUUCUGGUAGAUGCAAAGCUUUCAGGGGGAAAUGUGACUGCGCCCCUUUAACAAUAGGGUGCCUGUUUCCAAACUUUCCCGGUGGUUUUGGUUGUCUGGGUGAGGAACUGCCCACUUCUUAAUUGCCCCCUGAUCAGUUUGUUGUUCCUGUUGCGAGCUGCGAUGUCACGGAAUGGGAGCCUGUCGGAGGAAGGAUCGAUGACCCAGCACCUGCAAGAUUAAACGCAAUGCCCAUUUUUAUGGAGUAAUUGCCACAUGCCCCUCUCUUCCCCGUCUCAGUCUAGCUAUAGGUGUAUUUGGCAUAUAAUCAGUAAGGUAACUGACCUGGUACUUGAACUGUUAUUUUGAUUGUCUUUAAAGCUGAGCACUAUAGCCACAUAGCUCAUUUUCAGUAGCUUACAUCAAAUCUCCAGUACAUUUAGUUGAAAGGUACAGGGUCUGCUGCACAUGGCUGUAUUUCAGCUGAUUGUCUAUGCUGACCCCAUAGAAAAUCUGAGCCCCAUGGUGGAAACUCGCCCGCUAGCUAUCUACUGUGCGGGUAACUGCUACCCAUCAUGGCAUUGUGCUAAGUGCAAUGCUCCUGUUUCCCAGAGAGCAGAGGACAUGUCACUUCGUAUCUCUUCAUGUUUCCAGCACCCUGGAGUGUAAUGAGAGAAGAUCGAUUUUUUUUUUUUAAAUUUGUUUUUAGCCACAAAAAUAUCAGGCUAUCGAUACAAACCCUUUGAACAGUAACAGUCCUUAAAAAUGCAACCCGUGGCCAUUGAUAGACCGUGAAGGAGCCUGUGGCAUCAUCUUUCUGCUCCCUCAUGGUGCAGAAGUAGCACAAGACUGUUAGCAAAUGUACCGGACUCCUCCUUGGCAGGAAUGAUCCUGAAUACCCAUCCCUACAGACAAGUCUUAAGCUCACCGAAAAGAAUCGCAAACCUUUCUGCUGUUGUCCUCGUUAAUUCUCCUCUCGUGAGGUUGGCUCUAAAGAAGAUGCUGUUAACAGCAGCAUAGGUGUUUGUGUAGGGUGUGGCUCCUUGUCCAUCCCACGAAGUUGUAGCUCAUUCCCUCACGUCUCUCUCUUACACAACCCCGCAGGAAACAAGCACGAAUUUGAAAUGGAGAUGAAUGCAGACUGUGGAUUGCACUUUAUAACAAAAAUUGUAAAAUAUAAAUAUAUAUAUAUAUAUAAAAACUUGUGAUCAAAUUAUUUUCAAAAUCUUCGGGGCGAUUUUAUUAUUCCAGUGAUUUUAUUAUUUUCCAGGCCGAAAUAUACCAAGCUUGAAGAAGUGUGUAAUAAUCAAAGAGGGGUGUGGCACUGAUCUAUUUGCAUUGCUGGUGGGGUUUUUUUAAAUGUUAUUACUACUUUGCUGGUAUUCUCAGAUCCACCAGCCAGGAGGCACGGCUGCCAUUUGACACGCCGAGCCAGCGACCUGUGCUGCUCUUGCAAGCUGAAGCCUUAGAACAGGAAUUCGGGCAGCUCAAAAUCUAAAACUCUGUGGGUUGGUUUGUUACUGGAUGUUUAUUUCCAGCCGUGGUUUUUUGUUUUGUUUUUUUAAGCCAGUCAAAUGUAUAAAUUAAAAAUUGAAAACCAAACUGUUCUAGGCCUUCCCCACCCCAGUCCCAUGCCCCCAUCCUUCAUCAGUGUUGCAAAUGCUCUUUCCCUCCCAAAUGGAGGAGCUCACUAGUAUCUCGUUACAAGGCUGUAACAGCUGUGCUCCCAGUUAUGGUUUUUUGGUCUGGUUAAUUGUGGUCCUACCCAGCCAGGUGUGAAAGGAAGAGACUACAGGCUGCAGUGGCUGUAUCUCCUUCCACAGGUAAUGGACCAAUUUCAUCCCUCUGUAACUCCCAGGGUGAAUUGGGUUCCACUUGCCACCCUGUCCAUUGACCACUGUAAAUCAGGUCGUUCUCCGUACUGCAAGGCAGCCUUGUAGCUUUGUUUCAGCAACUAUCGCAACAAACUCACCCCAGUUACGCAGGCCAGGAAUGGUUGUAAACUUCUCCCUAAUACUGACCGUUGGUGCUGGUCAGUGCCAGACUAGUUGGUGCCUUUUCACCUGCAGAGCAGCAUACGGUGAGAUCAGCUACCGUUUGGCUUUUGGGGCCUGAGCAGGUGGUGCAGCAUGAGGCAGUGCAAGGCCGGGAACAUCAGGGUGAGCGUCGUCGUUCUGCCAGCUUACUGCAACCUGUAUUUCAACAGCUGCUAUCAAGACGGGUGAGGGAGUCCGAAUUAGUCAAUCAGCUGCCUCGUUAUAUUUCAGGCAAAGCAAAUUUCUCACCAAGCAUGGUUAGUGGCUGGGGUACAAGCAGUCCAAAGCCAGCGUCUACUAGCGGGAUGAUACUCUAUCGCUCUAAUCCUCCACUUCUCCCCUCUUUGGGCCGUAAGCAAUGCAGGCCCUUUCUCUCUGCUCCUUAACAUUGGAGUGGGCCUUUGGGCCAGAGGGUGCCCUGGUGAUAAAGUAAGGACUUUCUCGUGUCACGUCUAUUGCUGUACAUGUUCAUGUAAAUAGCAUCUUCUACUUCAGUGGAAUCCAACUGACUGUAUAUUGUUCCUAUAUCAUCUUUUUGGUUAACUCCCAUUGUCCUCACAGCGGAUCCCAAACUCUCCCCCGCACCCGGUGUUUGUGUUAACUGCUCUGUGAGCAUCAGGUUUUAAAUGGUUGUAAAAUAUUUAAAAAAAAAAAAAAAAAAGGGAAGAAAAAGCCCCUCUGACACGAGCACAAUAUUCAUAUGUUGGAUUUUUGUAAAAGGAUCAAAUAAACGGAGAGUUUAACUUGA